AUGUCGUUUAUUGGUACUCAGCUGAAGUGUAAGGCGUGUGAGAAAACGGUUUAUCCUGUUGAUCAGCUUUCCGCUGAUGGGACUUCUUACCAUAAAGCUUGCUUCAGAUGCACUCACUGCAAAGGAACUUUAAAGCUGAGCAAUUAUUCUUCAAUGGAAGGUGUGCUUUACUGUAAACCUCAUUUUGAGCAGCUCUUUAAGGAGCAUGGCAACUUCAGCAAGAACUUUCAGUCACCUGCAAAACCAACUGACAAAGCAACUCCUGAGCUGACAAGGUCUGCUAGUAAAGCUGCUGGCAUGUUUUCUGGGACACAAGAGAAGUGUGCUACAUGUGGCAAAACUGCUUAUCCAUUGGAGAAGGUAACAGUGGAAAGCCAGGCCUAUCACAAAUCAUGUUUCAAGUGUUCCCACGGUGGUUGUCCUAUAACUCCAUCAAAUUAUGCAGCCCUUGAAGGAAUUUUGUAUUGCAAGCACCAUUUCUCUCAGCUUUUUAAGGAGAAAGGGAGCUACAAUCAUCUGAUCAAGUCUGCAUCAAUCAAACGUGCAGCAGCCUCUGUUCCAGAAUCUUGA